CGGCGCCGGUGACGCGGCGCUGACGCGGGGCGCGGGCCCGCAUAAAGCGGCGGCCCCGGGCGGCGGCGCGGGCGGAGGAUGCUCCGCUCCACCAAGGGCGCCUCCAAGGCGCGGCGGGACCAGAUCAACGCGCAGAUCCGCGCCCUGCGCGACCUCCUCCCGCUGCCCGACGGCGACCGGCCGCGCCUCUCCUACCUGCACGUCAUGGCCCUCGCCUGCAUCUACACCCGCAAGGGCGCCUGCCUGCGGCCAGGCCCGAGCCGGGGGGCGCCCCUGGAGCUGCUGGGGGGGCCGGAGCUCGCCGACCUGGUGGCCUCGCUGCCCGGCUUCCUGCUGGCCGUGACCCGCGAGGGGAAGCUGGUCGGGGUCACCGACAACGUGGCGCAGCACCUGGGCCACUCCAUGGUGGACCUGGUGGCACAAGGGGACAGCAUCUACGACCUGCUGGACCCCGCCGAUCACCCCCUGGUGCGGCACCAGCUGAGCCUGCCCGGGCCCCCCCAGGCAGAGCGCCUGUUCCGCUGCCGUUUCACCACGUCCCGCGCCUCCCGCCGCCCCAGCGCCGGCCGCAAGCUGGUGCUGCUGCGGGGCCGCUUCCAGGAGCCCCCCGGGACCCCCGGGACCCCCGGCACCGCCCCCCCCGCGCUCUUCGUGGCCUUCUGCGCCCCCCUGGACCCCCCGCCCUGGCCCUGCCCCGACUGCCUGCUGCUGCCCGCCUUCCAGAGCCGCCACGCCCGCGACCUCGCCCUGCUCGACGUCUCGGACAGUGUCCUGGUGCACCUGGGCUACGGCCGGGCCGAGCUGCUGGGCCGCUCCUGGUACCGCCUGCUGCACCCCGAGGACCUCGGCCACGUGGCCCGCCAGCACCUGCGCCUCGCUGGCGCGGGCCCGGAGGCGCGGGGCGAGGUGGUCACUCGGCUGCAGCGCAAGGACGGCCUGGGCUGGACGUGGGUCUACGCCCGCCUGCGGCCGGAGGGACCGGCCCUGCUCGCCCACAACUUCGUCAUCAGCGAGGCCGAGGCCUGGUGCCUGCGGCAGCAGCUGGCGGCCGAAGCCCCCCCGGGCCCCCCGGAGCCGUUCGGCCUCGACUUCCCCGGCGGCGACCUCGGGCCCGGCCUGGAGCUGCCCCUGGGGCCCGGCCUGGGCGACGGCGUGGGAGCCGCGGGGCUGGCGGCCAGCGCCGGCUGCGGCCUCGGAGCCGACGUGGGACACGGCCUCGGACACGGCGCCGCAGCCGCCGCCGAGCCCGGCCUGGGGGCCGGCGUGGGACACGGCCUCGGACACGGCGCCGCGGCCGCCGCUGACCCUUCCCUGGGGGCCACCAUCGGCCACGGCCUCGGAGCCGCCCUGGGCAGCGGCGUGGAGCCCGGCCUGGGGCCCGGCCUCGGACACGGCCUCAGCGCCGCGGCCACCGCUGACCCCGGCCUCGGGGCCGCCAUCGGCCACGGCCUGGUGGCCAGCGCCACGGCCGCCAUCGACCCUGGCCUUGGGAGCGGCAUCGGACACGGCCUUGGGGCCGCCGCCGCGGCCGCCGUUGACCCCGGCCUCGGGGGGUCGGUGGCCCCGAGCGUCGGCCACGCUCUCGGAGACGCCGUUGGCCACGGCCUGGGCUCGGACGCCGGCGUGGGCCUCGGCGUGGGAGGCGGCCUCAGAGUGGACAUCGGCCUGGGCGUGGCGGCCGCGGCCGACGUGGGUGCCCCCCUCGGGGACGACCUGGGGCGGGCGGCGCGGCCGAAGUGA